AUGGAACAUUCACAACAAUUUCUUCGUCCAAUACCUCCUCCUUUGAACACCAAUUUUUCACAAUUAUUAAUGCCCCAUAAUGGUAGUAAUUUUGCCUCAUCGUCAUAUCAAACCGAUAAUCUUGAUGAUGGUUCUAGUCAUCGGCGAAGAGAAAGCAACGUUUCAACAAUGUCUAUACAACUACAUGAAGUAGGAUCUGGUCAUCAACGACGUGAUAGUAAUGUAUCUAGCAUGUCAAUGCAAUUAGAUACACCUACACCUUCUAGCGGAACGGAGUCUGGCAAUGAGGAUGAGAAUAAAUCAGUAUUUUAUCCAUUUACAUUUUCGCCAAAACCAUUAACUAUGUCCAGACCAAGUACACCAACUACACCACCUCCUUAUCCUUCAAGUUUUUACUCUACACCACCAGCGAGAACUAGUGUAUCAUCAUUAAUAUCUCAUCAUCCACAACGUAUGAGGAGAAUGAGUUUAGAUAUAAGUAUUGAAAUCGGCUCUCUGAAUCACUCAUCUGAUGGAAAAAUUGAUAAACCAUCACCAAUGCACCGAGCUGUUAGGGCAAGGAGAGCAUCUCUUUUGCCCAAGACUAGAUCUUUUCAACGAGUUGCUAAUGAACUUCAGGAAGAAGCACGUCCAAUUGAGGCCGAAAUAAAACAAGAAUAUAAAACUACCAAAGUUCUCAAAAAUGAAUCGGAUAAUAUUAUGGACACUGGGAAACUAUCAGAG